AUGAAUACAGCACAAAUUGAUCUUGAGAAUUUAUUCUCAGAUCCAAAAAACAUGCCAGAAUUCAUACCUGAUUAUUCAAUUGAUGAAAUUGAUCAAGCUUUAAAUGAUGCAUUAGCAGAAAUUAAUCAAAAUCAAGAAGAAAUAUUAGGUGUAAAAGAUGAACCAAAUAAAAAAAGAAUAAAUGAUGAAGAAUUAAUUAAUGAAAAUUUUAAAUUUCAAAAACACAAUGAAUUUAAUGAAUUAGAAUUAAAUAUAAAACCUUUAUCACCUGAAUCUUUACAUUCUGAUACUUCAUUAGUUAAUUCACCUAGGCAUGAUGAAACAAAACCUUCAAAUUUACAUACCCAUCAAUCACAAUCACAAUCACAACAACCACCACAACUUGCAUUACCAAAAAUUCACAAACAAUCACAAUCACAACAACAUUUACAAUUACAACAACAACAAUCACAAAUUGAAAAAAUUUCAAAUAAUUUUCAAAAACAACAAGAACAAUUUCAUUUGGAGAAAAAUCAAUUAAUUGAAAAAUCCAAUAAAGAUCAAGCUACUAUUAAAAACUUACAAUCAUUAUUAAUUGAAUCUGAAAAAAAUUAUAAAAAUUUAUCAUGUAAAUUUCAAGAUAAAUCAAAAGAUUAUGAAUAUUUAAUUAAAGAAUUACACAAUUCAGAAAUGAAAAGAAUUGAAUUGAUGGAUGAAAAUAAUCAUCUAAAGAAAUGUGUUAGUUCUUUAACUUUUAAAUGA